AUGCCAUUGGUCGCCCACUCCGUUUAUGCGACUCUUUCGGAAGAGGACAAAUGUGCUGCGUGGAAAUGUUUGCACGAGCUGGCGGAACACGAUCUAGCCACUGCCACAGCUACCGUCACGCGCUUGAUUGCGGUGCCGGAGUUGCAGAACAGCAAGCGGCCUCGCAUCUUGUCAAUGUUGGCGGUGCGUGCUUGCGUGCAGAGAAAUGAUACGCAGGAGCUCACAGCAUUGGCAACGUCUGAGUUCGGUAAGCAUUGCCUGGCGUCAUUGCACAGCUCCAUACGUGAACUGCGCAUGGCUGCAGCGGAGUCAUUGCCUGCUUUUCUGCGACACGAUCUGCCAGAGGAGAUCCGGAUGUCCAAUCGACAAGUGGCUCUGGAGUACCUCCGCACACUCUCCGACCGGGACAUUGCUAGCGAGCAGGAAACUCUGAUCGCUGCCUGGGGUCAAGUCGCAGUCUCAUGCGGCGAUCGAGAGUUGAAUCUCGUGUUGCUUCGUUUGGUCGAGUACCUAGGACAUCCUAAUCCUUUGGUCUUGGGAUACGCGUUCUCCGAAAUCGAUGCGAUAGCCCACGCCAAAAGCAAGACAGUCUUGGAUCUCUUUCAACCAUUCUGGCGCUCCAUUGCUGUUUCAGUCGUUCAGGAUCUCGUGGCAAAGCCACAGAAGGCACAGCAGUUGUGCGAGCUCCUCAACAUGGAUGUCAGUGCAUUUCUGUUGCUAACACAACGAGAGACGCUGCCAUCCCUGGUGCUGACCAAGAAGAAAGACAUCAUCCAGCGAAUCGCGAAUGCCCGAGCAAACGGCAGCACCAUUCGAGACGUAUGCGUGCAGCCUCGGACCAAUCUUGCGUCGAUCAUUACUCUGCUGCUCGUGCAAGCACCUGUUACAGAUGCAGAGGAAGUCGCUUUCUCCUGCCUGGUGGAAGUUGAUCCCGCGUUCAAUAACACCGACAUGAAUGGUCUGGUCAAGCUCGACUCUGUGCUGGUUGCCUGCGAAAUGCUGAAGCACUGCGGAGAGGAGGCUGAGAAUCGCAAGUCUCGAGCAUACGCAGCUUUUCAAACUGUCGCCAACAUCAAUGAACGCACACCGGGGCAGCGGAAAAUGAACUCGAAACGUGCGCUUGCAUCGUUCCUCGAACGCCACAUUCUCGGCAUCUUGACACACUUUUCGAUGAUACUCGAAGGUGGCAUAGGAGCGGAGCCUACGUCCGAGAAGACAAGAUGCCUCAAAGCAAUGAUUGAGAUGUUUGAACUCACCAAGGGCCAUCUGUCUGUUGCUCUCCCACAAAUUCGGGCUUGUCUAACUUCAGCGCUCGAGAUGCCAGAGACCUGCGAGGUUGCAUUCAGCGCCUGGCUUGCGCUGGUCCCAGUCCUUGAAGCAGAAGACCUUGUCAACAUCGUUGAUGAGACAUUUGUGAUCAUUGUUCGACAUUGGGCAGCAGUCUCGCCUGAACUGCAACACAAGACAUACGACAUGAUUGCGAAUCUGAUCAAGAAACACAAUCGACUGCUUCACGAGAACAUACUGACCCUGCCAUCUCUCGGUGGAAUCACACUUCUUGGAAAGUUUGCUGCCGAGUUCGAAAGAUUGAAAGGCCAAGAAAGUGUGUCGAGCCAGUUUCGUGCAUUCGCCAGGAGACUUCGCGUCGACGGCGAUACCCUCGUUGUUCAAGCAUUGACCGAGCUCGUUAUUUUCCUGGAAGCGCAGCAGGGCUUUGUGUAUGACACAGCUGCCAGCGGGAACCCAUCUCCGGUACUAUCCGAGCUACUGAGCGCAUUGCUUGAUGUCACCGUCAAGUACUCCAACACCGAUGCGAAAGCAGCUGAACUUUGCGGGAAAGCUCUGGGCAUCAUCGGCUGUCUAGACCCCAACCAAGUGGAAGCCAAACGAAACAAGAGACAGCUCCUGGUUCUUUCCAAUUUCAGCAGGCCCGACGAAGUCUUUGACUGGAUCAUGUUUCUUUUCGAGCAUAUCUUGGUCAAGUCCUUCAAAUCAGUCACCAAUACUCGUCAGCAAGGAUUUCUCGCAUUCGUCAUACAGGAACUGCUUUCGUUUUGCGAUCUGGAGGGUGCGUCCAUGCUGCGACCACGUGGCUCUCAGGCUCCGGAUUCCCUAAAGCGAUGGAACGAGUUGCCGGAGCAUAUUCGUGCCACGCUCACACCACUCCUCAGCUCGCGAUAUGUAAUGACGAGCAACAGCGUCGGCGCUCCCAAUCGAGCGUAUCCCAGCUUCUCUGUCGAGGCCAGUCACACCCAAUGGUUGCGCAUGAUCACGCAUGACCUGUUGUUCAAGGCGAAAGGCGACACUCCGAAGGUCCUGUUUCCCCUGCUUGCACGUACGAUUCGAGGACAUGACAUCGCAAUUGCACGAUUCAUCUUCCCGUAUGCCGUGCUCAACGUCGUCGUUGGCGGCACAGUGCCAGAAGUGAAGGGCCUCACGGAUGAGUUCUUGACCAUUCUACAGACCUCGCCCCAUGGUGCAGCGCAGCAAGAGACGGUUCGCUCAUGCAGCGAGAACGUCUUUGCCGUUCUGGAUUACAUGUCGACUUGGCUGACAGAAAAGAGGAAAGACCUCUCGGAGACUCGAGCAGCAGCAUACAAGACCGGCGUGUCUCCCAACGACUUCGACGAAGCUGAGAGCAUGGGUCAAAUUGACACUGUUGAGGCCUUUCUCGCUUCCAUUCCUGCAAAGGUCAUAGCGCAGCAAGCUGUUGAAUGUCGCUCGUACUCGCGAGCACUGUUCCAUUGGGAGCAACACAUUCGUGCCAAGCGGUCACUGAUUCCAGGUCCUCGUCUCUCAGAGGAGGGCACAGACUUGUAUUCCAAGCUUCAAGACAUCUACUCUCAAAUCGAUGAGCCAGAUGGGCUUGAAGGCAUCGCAGCUCAUCUCACCAUUGUUUCGGACGAGCAGCAAGCGAUCAAUCAUGCCAAAGCUGGGCGAUGGACCGCUGCUCAGGCGUGGUAUGAGCUACAAUUGACGGAAAGUCCGGGCGACACGUACUUACAGCACGAUGUGCUCAAUUGUCUGCGAGAGACCGGGCAGUAUGCGCCCCUACUAAGAUACGCCAAUGGAUUUCUGGACGCCGCUCAGGACGAACCACCAGAUGAAGCAACGUCGCAAAUUUCUAUACUUCCCCUCGCCGCAGAGGCAAGCUGGAUGACAGACAACCUGACAGGACUUGAGAGCCGUCUGAAGCUGUUCCAACCGGACCCUACCCACGACUUCAAUGUUGGCAUUGCGAGAAUCCUGCUCUACGCCGAGAAAGGCUCCGAGGAGCACUUCGUCAAGGAACUCACGUCACUGAGAAAAGCUGUCACGGACGGGCUGUCGAUGGCCGGCACCGACUCCCUCCAGGCGUGUCACGACGAGAUCAUGAAGCUGCACGUUUUGCACGAAUUGGAAGUCUUGAUGCGAGUGGACCAGGAGCAAGUCAGCCAGCUCCUCAACAUUCUGGAUAAACGUCUCGCUGUCAUCGGCUCAUACAUCCAAGACAAGCAGUAUGUGCUUGGCAUUCGCCGUGCAACUAUUCGAGUGCGCGCCGAUAAUCCCUUCACCAUGCCGCAGUAUGGAAGUCUGUGGCUGACCACUGCGAGGCUCGCACGACAGACGAAGAACACCAGCAGUGCUUACAACGCGGUACUGAAAGCGCUUGAGUGUGGUGAGCAAGGAUCGAAGCUUGAAGAGGCUCGACUUCUCUGGCAUGAAGGCCACCAGCGCCAGGCCAUUCAGGCAUUGGACGCAGCGAUAAUAUCUGGAGUAUUUGAGUCUGGCGAUGAGGACAUCGGCUCACUCCCGGUGACCGAUCCUACCGCAGGUCAGAAACAGAACAUGCUUGCAGGCAAGGCUUCUCUACUUUUGGCAAAAUGGCUGGACGCGUCUGGGCAAAGCCAAACCAAGGAUAUGACCGAUCGAUACCGGACCGCUGCUCAGCGCUAUCAGCGUUGGGAGAAGGGCCAUUACUAUCUUGGUAAGCAUUACAGCAAGCUGCUGGACGCGCAGAAGGCAUUGCCGAAGGAGAAGCGAUCACAAGCCUUCCUGACUGGCGAGAUGACCAAGCUGGUGAUUGACAAUUCGCUUCGAUCCAUUCCUUUCGGGAACAAGUAUUGGCACGAGACUAUUCCCAGAAUCCUUACUCUCUGGCUCGAACUGGGACAAGACUCCGUGAAGAAGGACCCCAGAGAAGACCAGGCAAUUUUCGAGAGACGAUCCAAAGCUUUGGCGAUGUGCAAUAAGCAGUUGCAGAAGUACUUUGAACGAGUUCCGCCCUACGUGUUCUACCACGCUCUACCGCAGCUCAUCUCAAGAAUCACACAUCCUCACCCAGAGGUCUGGAAGCAGCUGCGCAAUAUCCUGGCUCGUAUUGCCGCGGCUCACCCCAGUCAGGCUUUAUGGAGUAUGCUGCCUGUUGUCAAAGCGACUGACAAAAUGAGAGUGGAGCGAGGAACUGAGGUCCUCAACAUACUGAGAGACCCCAAGAGCAAGUUGAAGUCCGAUACCACCGGCAUCGAUUUGAGGACGAUGAUCCAGCAGGGUCAGCGACUGACAGAUGGGCUGUUACUGGCUGCCGAGCAUCCUAUCGAGGGCAGGUCUUCGCAUGUGAGCUUGACCAAGGAUCUCAAAUUCAAUAUGAAACUGGCUCCCAGCAAUCUCGUUGUACCGGUCGAAGCGACACUGAUGGCGUCUGCGCCGGCGACAGCAACUUCCGAGACCAUUCGUCGUCACAAAGCAUUCACUUCGGACAAGGUCACGAUUCAGUCAUUUACGGAUGAUGUGCUCGUGCUGCAGUCUUUGCAGCGUCCCAAGAAAAUCAACAUGCGAGGUUCGGACGGCAAGCUGUAUGGUAUUCUGUGCAAGCCAAAGGACGAUCUUCGCAAGGACCAACGUCUGAUGGAGUUCAACGGCAUCAUCAACCGAGCUCUCAAGCGCAACACCGAGAGUGCCAAACGUCGCUUAUACAUCAAAACAUACGCCGUCACUCCGUUGAGCGAAGAGUCUGGAACUCUCGAAUGGGUGGAGGGUAUCAAGCCUAUGCGCGACAUCCUGCUCAACAUCUACUCUCGCAAAGGCAUCCGGCCAAACUACACCGAUAUCAAAAAGACUCUCGACGACGCUUCUUCCGCCCCCGAAAACGCCGAUCUCUUCCGCACCAAAGUCCUCUCCCUCUUUCCUGCCUCCCUCCACGAAUGGUUCACCGAAACCUAUCCCGAGCCGGAAAUCUGGUUCAACGCCCGCCUUCGCUACGCCCGCACCGCCGCCGUCAUGUCCAUGGUCGGUCACGUCCUCGGCUUGGGUGACCGCCACGGCGAGAACAUCCUCCUCGAAGAAGGCACUGGCGGCGUCUUCCACGUCGACUUCAACUGCCUCUUCGACAAAGGCCUCACCUUUGAGAAACCGGAAAUGGUCCCUUUCCGCCUCACCCACAACAUGGUCGACGCCAUGGGCCCGUACGGCUACGAGGGACCAUUCCGCAAGUCGAGCGAACUCACUUUGGGUUUGCUAAGACAGGAGAAAGACACGCUGAUGACGGUGCUGGAAACGUUCUUGUACGAUCCCACGACGGACUUUGUCAAUACGAAGAAGAAGCGGUCGACUACCCCUGGCGUGCCGGAGACGCCGACGGAGAUUCUGGAGAGUGUUGCGACGAAGUUGAAGGGAUUGUUGAGAGGGGAGACGGUGCCGUUGAGUGUGGAGGGUUAUGUGGAUGCUUUGGUGCAGGAGGCUACGAGUGAUUUCAGGUUGGCGAGUAUGUAUAUUGGUGAGUAUUGCCUUGGGGAGAGGUGGUUUAUGAUGAGAGCGGUGUUUGCUGACAUGAAUUGCAGGCUGGUGCUCGUUUUUGUGAUAGAUGAUGAUCGAUGGUUUUGUCGGAGGAGUAUGUAUGCCAUUGUGAGGAAUGCGAGGGCCGUGGAUGCGGUAGCGUUGUCGUAUGCCGCGCCCCGGUUCAUCUUGGGAGAUGUGGAGAGAAGUGGAGGAAGACUUAUUAUGCAUGUAUCAUGA